AUGAUAGAUGCAAACCCAACAGGCAGUGAACCACUCCAAAAUGAUACUGAAGCUACGUCAGAGCAAGUUAAUAAUGCAAGCAUUCCUCAGAUGGACAGUACUACAGAUGGUGUGCGCUGGCGAGGGGAUGAAAGCAUGCCAGACUCACACAGCCCUAAUACAAGUAGCACCCCAGGAGAGAGCAUAUCAAUCCGGGUUAAAUUCAUGGAGAAUGAGAGAACUUUAUCAGUAAAUAGGACAAUAAAAGUAGGAGAUUUGAAAAGGUAUUUGCAGUAGCUUGAUAACCAGAUACACCUUGCAGUUUUAUCUAAUAUAUCUACAAUCCUGGUCAAAACACUUGGGACAAUUUUUGUUUCAGGUGAGGAAAAUGUAAUUCAAGUUGACCCCCCUUCCCCCCUGGGUAUUGCAUGUCAAACACUUUGUGCAUAUUUUGCAUACGUCAAGGACCUUCACUUUUUUCAGGGGGGGUGGAGGAAAAAUCUUGGUAAGGCCAUCUUUAUGAGUGUGUAUCGCAGGUUAGCUGUAAAUUCCAUUAAAAAAAAACACGUGAAAAAGGGGAUGUGUCCCAAAACCUUUUGGCCAGGAUCGUAGUUUAAAAAAUGUCAGUUUUAACAUCCUUUUAGUUUGACAAGUGGCUGUGAAAAGUCGUGUUAGCAGAUCAUAAUUUUACAAGAAUUACAUUUUGUUCUGUUUCUAGCAAACAAAGGUAACAUUGCUCAGAAGGUAGGGCGGACUUGGGGAGGGGAGGGUUGCCAGUCACCCGUUUUUCUGGCAUUUUCCGGGACUAAAAAGUCAAGCAAAAUUUUGGCAGGCCCUGAAAAGUACUGGAAAGUUUUGUACUCGGGCAUUAAGUAGUAAAGGUAGAUAGAAAAUUCCAGUUCAUCCAAGGAAGAAUUCUAAAAAGCAAACCACAAUUUUUUUAAUCCUGAAAAAUAUACCUGAGUCCUUGUAAAGUCCAGGAAAAAUCCUACAUUUUAUUUAUGUUGUAUUCAUAUUUUUUUAAAUAAUAUUACAAAGUGCGCAAGCUAUUUUAAUGUAUUUGUGUAUCUUAUCUUACUUCCACUGCAGAUUGUGCUUUCGGAAUGAAUUAAACAGUGGACAAAGGGUACGUCUUAUAUACAGUGGGCGCUUACUGCAAGAUGACAUGGCCCCUAUCUCCUUUUAUGGCAUUGAGAACUAUUCAGUACUUCAUGCUCAGAUUUCUGACGUAAGAAGAACAGAUGAGAACGAACAAUCCACAACUUAUCACCAAGAAGCCGAUUUGGACUUGUCUAAGUUAUUUCUUCCCAUAUUAGCAAUAAUUCUGACGCUUUGUUGGUAUGGAUUUUUUUACUACAGACAUCUUUUCAGUGCGGCAUCUGUAAUCAUCCUUGUUUUCAUGACCUUUGCAUUCGGUGUCUUAGCACAUGUUAUAACAUCCUAAUGUUCUAAUUCUCUGUUAAAUUGUAUAAUACAGUCAAACCUCCCAUUAGCAACAAUCCAAAAUGUCAGGACUUCCUCAUCUUUAUGGGAUGCAGUUGCUUACGAGAAUCGAAUUACUGGGGGUUUCUACUGAGAUGAGGUCCGGACUCAUCCACUUUAUUGAAGACAAUUUAUUUCAUUGAAUUUCUAAGUCAGGAUAUGUUUAGUUCCAUGUCAUUGUCACCAACAUUCUUUGUAUACUGUAAGCAGCACAGUAGAUACAGCGAACAUAGAGAUCAGACCGUACUUCAAGUGGUCGUUUACAAGAGGUUAAAAACAACGGGAAAGUUAUAAAACUAUCAUCCGUAAACCCUUUAAGCCCUGAGAAGGAUCAACAUUUAAAACAAAUCAAUGGAAAAACAGAUUGGUAAUAAAAACCAUCAUCCUUAAACCCUUUAAGCCCUGAGAAGGAUCAACAUUUAAAUUCUCCUUUUAAAAUCAACGCUUUAUAAAACAGAUUGGUAAUGAGAAUUAA